AAAAUUUAUUACAUUAAAAACAGCAAAAGGCAAAAUGAGUGCUCCUUUCUACAGUUUUGACCCUUGUGUUUGCACAGGGCUUCCUUGCGGGGCUUGCUAUCCAUACUCUACGAAACCCUGCGCCGCGUCCCGCAACGACCUGGGGAUAUGCUCCGUGUGUCCUGGUGGGGGCUGCUCGCCUUGUCCGGCUCCAGUGAGACCAUGUCCAGAACCGUGUCCUGCCCCACCUAUACUGCCAUGCCUGCCACCAUGUCCGCCUUGCGACAAGCCCGCCACGCCGGUACCAGCUCCUGUUCCGCUAUGCGAUUCUGCAGCUAUACCGUUCUGUCGACCUAAUCGGUGCAAGCCUUGCCCUUGUUACUCCUGCACUGAACCAGCCAUCUGUUCACCGAAGCGGUGCAGUUACCCAGGGGUACCCGUGUGCUCAGGGUGCGGGCCUUGCAUGCCUGUGUGGUAAACAAAUGUAAAGGUGUCCUGUUUUGUAGUGAUAAUACACUUGAAGUACUAAA